GCGUGCAAAUAUAAAGCAUGACACUAAAAUUCGGGGAGUCGACACGCACAGUACAAGGCACUGGACGAAUAACUUAAAAAGUACAUCUAUUGCUUUGUAAUCUCCACGUUUGGAGCGUUUCUUGGUGCUCAAAGUCAGUUUUACCGCAGCUGUACUGACGAUGCCCCGCAAUAUCGUUUCCCCGGCCUGGUGCAAACCGGAGUGCUUUAAAUGCAACAGUACUAAGGAAUAUAACUUUACAUGAACCUAUUUCUGGGCAUUUUGGCAGAGCUGUCCCCAGCUGACGCUACAGAACCUGAGGAUCGUGUCGACUCCCUCGCGUGUUACAUAAUAUACGCAUCGUUGCCCGUCUCUUGCAGAUGAACAACUCUACGGAGACUGUGGUGGUCCUGCGGAACGUGACGCUGGCCACUUCAGGGCGGUUCCGCUGCGAGGUAUCAGCUGAGGGUCCAUCCUUCCAGACCGUCUCGGACCACGGCGACAUGACUGUUGUCGCGCUGCCCAAGGACGGGCCGCAGAUCACCGGCGGACGCGGGCGCUACCAGGUGGACGACGUCGUCAGGGUCAACUGCACCUCCAAGUACUCGCACCCCGCCGCCCAGCUCGUGUGGUACAUCAACGGCGAGCAGGCGGACACACGCUACCUCGAGGGCCCGUUCCGGCACGAGAACGCCGACGGCCUGGAGCAGUCCACCCUGGGGCUGAAGUUCCGGGUGCAGCAGCACCACUUCCACCGCGGCGACCUCAAGCUCAAGUGCCUGGCCACCAUCUUCUCGGUCUACUGGAAGAGCAACGAGGAGUCGGUGGAGCCCGACAAGCAGCAGCGGGCGCCCGCCCUGGAGUCGCGGGAGAGCCGCGCGCCCCCGGACAAGAGCCGCGCCGACCGCGUCCACGCUGCUGGUGCGGGUAGCGGCUCCUCGGGCCUCAUGCUGUCCGCCUACACGCAGUGCCUGCUGCUGGCCGCGGCCCUGUACGCCUUGGCCCCGCGGCCCGUGAGGACGCCGGGCUCACCGCUCGCUGCCGCCCGGUAGCGCUACUGACCGCCCGGUCUCUUCGGCGGCCUUCCCGUGAGCUUCUUCUUGUCUUGUGCGCAACGUCAAGAGCAGUUCAUCCAUCCAAACUCGAAGCGAUGGUUGCUGUAGGGUGCAACUGGCCGAUUUCAUCAGCAGUUGCAACUAUACAGCUGGGUUUGAGAGGAGCAAAAUCCAUUCCUUCGUCGCCACUCUACUCAUAUGUGAGGUUCUUUUCUUUUCGUUUUGUUGUCGUGAUGUCUACUCCUCAAAGACUGAAGACGGUCUCAUAAUGCCAAACUUCAUUUUCGUGUUUAUUUUACCCUAUAUCGUUUUGCAUGGAAGAGUGAUAAUGAGUGACCUGCCUCAAGGAUAUGGUUUUACAUGGGAACGCUAUUGAAGGAUGUGAAUAUUGUGUACAUUUUCUUGUAUAGUUUUAUUUUAAUUACUGUACAAAGUCAACUGUAAAUAGUAUUUCUAACUGAAGCUAUAUUAAUAUUAGGUAAAAUUUUAUGGUG